UUUUUUUUUUUUUUUUUUUUUUUUUUAGCUACGAACUGAAUCAAGGAAAUUUCGCUAGAAGAGAUUCCCCCUAAGGAAGUAGACCAAUAACUAACAGUUCUUUUGCAGCCCCUCCAGAGGCGUGGCUAGCUUGUCUUCUCUCCGUCCAAUCGUCCCCUGUCAAUCAAAUAAUAAGGUAGGGAUGAUCCAAGCUUGCUGUGCGUCGUUACUCCGUAAUCUACUCAACGCCAUUGUUGCUGAUCCUAUGAUAUCAGCCCGCUAGCGGAUAUGAAACCUUGGGGUUCCGCCUCUCUCUCUCUCUCUCUUAUACCCGUUGUAUCCGCAAUAUUUACCCUUUCCAUGCUUCUGCAGAGAACGAUGAACCUUGGAAUCAUCCUGGUAUUGUGGUCAAGAGCUCGCAGGCGGAUGAUCUAUCUUUCUUUUCUCUUUCCUUUUGUCCUGACCCUCUCGUCAAUCCCCCACAUAACGAUAACCCGUUGUCCCUCGCACAUCGGACGCACCUGGGUCAGUUCCGUCUGCAAGAACGAACUUUUUUUUUUUGUUUUUUUGUUUCUGUAUAUCCCUUACUUGCGAUCUAGACUAGUUCUAUCAUCCCGUUGUUCUGGAACAGCCAGCAUAUCGAGUCCUCGUCCAUCAUUAUCAGGAGAACGUACUCCAUAGUCCAUACUAUGUAGUGAUGCACAUACAUGUAGAUCGGUUACACCGCGAUAUUAAUGGAUAUUAAUGACAGCUGACGGUGUCUGUCAGUGCCAUGUUCAUGUUUCAAGAUAUAUCCUCCUCC